AGAAAGAGAAGCUCCAUGCGCUUAUCCUAGUGUAGUUCUCAUUCCUCAACUCGUUUUGUUGACAUUUUUCUUAAGCAGAAGAUCGACGAAGAGGAAAAAGGAGAGAUGGGUCUUGGAUUUUCUUCAUCAUGGAGCCUCAGCUUCUGUGUUCUGCUUGUUUUAAUGUCUGCAGAAGCCAGCAAAGGGGAAUACAGUCUGCAGAAGCAUGAAGAUGGAGGUGAAGAAGCCAUGGCUAGAAAGCAUAUCCAUACUCAUAUGGACAUGUCCAUGCGUAUAUUCUUCACAAUAACUGAUCUGAAGGUUGGGAAAAGGAUACCUGUUUACUUCUCCAAGAGAGACCCUGCUACCUCUCCUUAUCUGCUGCCUAGAGAAGAAGUUGAGUCCAUCCCCUUCUCAUCAGCCCAACUCCCAUACCUUCUUCAGUUCUUCGGAUUUUCUCAAGGUUCUCCACAGGCCAUAGCCAUGGAGAACACACUCAGACACUGUGAGACUGAGCCCAUUGAAGGAGAGACAAAGUCAUGCGUGACAUCCUUAGAAUCCAUGCUUGAUUUUUCCCGGAAAAUAUUCGGAUUGAAGGCCAGUUUUGAAGUUAUAAGCACUAAGCUUGGAGAGAAGACAACCAGUCUCCUGCAAAACUAUACCAUCCUGAAAUUGCCCAAGCCCAUCUCGGCUCCCAAAAUGGUGGCCUGCCAUACCUUGCCCUACCCUUAUGCAGUUUUCUACUGUCACUUCCAAGAGGGUGAGAACAAGGUGUUUGAGGUUUCACUUGGGGGGGAGAAUGGAGAUAGAGUGGAAGCUGUUGCUGUUUGCCACAUGGAUACCUCUCAGUGGAACCAAGACCAUGUGUCUUUUCGCUUGCUGGGAGUCCAACCAGGAGCCUCUCCGGUGUGCCAUUUCUUCCCAGCAGAUAACCUCAUUUGGGUUCCUUCACCAGCCUUGAUUCAGGACUAAUAAUUUGAUUUGUGAUAGUGAUUGUAUGCUUCUUUAUAUUGGUCAUGUCCCACACCCUUGAACUAAGUAAUUGAAUCAUAUUUUACAUGUUUGUGUUGCAUACUGAAGCAUGAAUCAGUCUUACUGUGGAUUGGGAUGUCGCGGUUUGAGCUCUCAGCUACCUGAUCAGCUUGUGGGGAUGGAGUUAUAUGGUAAAUUCAUAAGGGUUUAUGGACACAUCACCAUUGAAAAAAAAUUAUGUAUUAUAUAACAAGUUUGUCCUUAUUAUAGUUUUAAUCCUCGAGCUCGACUAGACCUCAACCAGACCUCGAUCGUAAUCGAGAAAAGAGGAACUUCAUCAUUGUAAUCCUUCUCCUUCAUUUAAUUAAUAAAUUCUGAAGUGUUAAUGUCAACUUUCAUAGA